CGCUGCGGUGGGCUCUCACGUGGGGCCGGAGCUGGGGCGCAUUCCGGUUCCGGGGGAGGGGAUGUGAGGGCGGUGCGGGGUCGCCAUGGCGAGCAACGCCGCCAGCCUGAACGCGGUCCGGGAGACCAUGGACGUUCUGUUUGAGAUUUCAAGAAUAUUAAACACUGGCUUGGAUAUGGAGACAUUGUCUAUUUGUGUGCGGCUUUGUGAACAAGGGAUAAAUCCAGAAGCAUUGUCAUCUGUUAUUAAAGAACUACGCAAGGCUACAGAAGCUCUAAAGGCUGCUGAAAAUAUGACAGGCUAAUAUGGGCAAAGAUUUCUGCAUGAGAAGAAUGCCAAGAUAAACUUAACAGGAGCUCUGAAGAUUGCCAUUAUUCAGACAAAAAUGAAUUAAGUGUGUAUGCAAAGGUUUCAGAAUAUUUCUGUAAUAUUAUUCAAAAGAAUGGUGCAUAUAAUAGCUUUGAAAAAUUUUUUAAUAAGUUCACCAGUAAUAUCAUUACAUGGUAUUUUUGUGAACUGUUUGUGAAUAUAGUGCAAUUGCUCUUCUUUGGCAUCCAAUACUUUUAAAAUCAUGCCAGAUACUGUACAUCUGUUGAAUUUACUAGCACAUAUCAAUGCAUAUUGUUAUAAUGAAUGCAGCUUUGUUAAUGCAUCCUUUGGAAGUGCUAGUAUAUCCUGGGUUUUAUCUCUUGCUUUGAUGAAAAACUACGUGUACAAUUUUAGCCUUGCUUUAUGGACCAUAGAGGAAUGAAGCCUAGACUGACUUUAUUUUAAUUAGAGCAAGGCCAGUGAUUUAAGUAUCAAUUUGAAAAUAAGAAGUAAAGCAUUUUUGAUAAUAUAGGUAAUGAAUUGUCCUUUUGAUUUUGAUUCAAAUUGCUGGGAAAACUGUUUCACUUAGGUAACAAAGGUACUUCAGUUAUCCAUGCAGAAAUGUAUGUAAAUUUAAAUUCUAGAUGAUGUGGGAUGUUUUAUGGAGAUUAAAUGCUACAUUUGUUACAUUUGUUCCAACUACUGGAUCUAAAAAUAUUAAGUCUGUCUGUUAUUUCUUAGUCAAAGCAUGAAUGAGAAGCAUCAGAUUUGGUUCAUGGGUAUCAAUGAGACUUAAACAGUCAGUUGGUGUAGAAAUGUCUUCUCAUUUAGAACUAGGAGUCUUCACUAGUGCCAGAAGAAGUCUUAAUUUCCAGUAAAUAUCCUUUCAUCCAGAAAUUCUACUUUGUAAGAAAGUAGUUUGUUGUGUAUUCUUGAGCUUUUUUGAUUUUGGUUGUCCUAGUUUCAAGGUGUGGUGCUAAUGGGACCUAAAGGAACUCCAGGGUUAAUAGAGUGAAGCACAUUUGGAAAUGAACCUGGAAUCUUUGUUAAGCCAAAAGUUAUAUUUGUGCAGAGAUAAAAAGUUCUUUCUACUCUGAGAGUUUACAGCAUAUGCACUCUAGGUCAUAGCUCUACAAAAAGCAAUAAAGGAGGCUAAAUACUUCAAAUUGCUGGUAGGGAGAAUAGAAAAAUAUUUAUAUUACAGUGAAUCACUUUCCUUUAUUUCCAGUUAGAGUGUCCCAAAAAUCAUUGCAAGAGAAUGCUAUAAAAACUUCUGGAUAACCAAGCUGGGGAACUUAUAAAUAGUGUCAUUUUUCACACUCACAGCACCAAUUUACAAAGGGUUUUAAGUGUUCAUGACUUGAAUAUUGGGUGUAAUUUUUUUUUUAAACAGUAAGAUAUCCUUAGUAUAAAAAUAUAUCAACAAUGAAGUUCCUCUUAGGAAAUCUGAAAAGUCAGUAAAACAUCAUGAAAACACCAGGUCAGAUCAGCACAAAUUAGCAAUUAGCUCUUUACUUAAUUUUCUCUAAACUCAGGGCUACAUGUCAAAAAAGAGAAAAGACGUGGAGCAUUCUUGUUGUUCUCAGGAGGCACAUCUAAAUCUGUGAGAUUACCCUGUGUAACUUAAACUCUGAAAGUUUUAAAUAAACUAUAGCAAAUGUGCCUAAAA